CGGAGUCUGCUGAGCGCAGCCCGCCGUAAGGGGAGGAAGUUGGCCUCGGAGCGGUCUGCGCUGUGAGGGCAAGGCCGCGGGCGGCAGCGGCGGCCGCUUGGACUAACAGAGGGGUGGCGCGAUGGGAGACGAGAUGGAUGCCAUGAUCCCCGAGCGGGAGAUGAAGGAUUUUCAGUUUAGAGCCCUGAAGAAGGUGAGAAUCUUUGACUCCCCUGAGGAGUUGCCCAAGGAGCGCUCGAGUCUGCUGGCCGUGUCCAACAAGUAUGGCCUGGCCUUUGCUGGUGGAGCCAGUGGGCUGCAGAUUUUUCCUACCAAAAAUCUCCUUAUUCAAAAUAAACCUGGUGAAGAUCCCAAUAAGAUAGUCGAUAAAGUUCAAAGCUUACUGGUGCCAAUGAAAUUCCCGAUACAUCACUUGGCCCUGAGCUGUGAUAACCUCACCCUGGCCGUGUGCAUGAUGUCCGGUGAAUAUGGCUCCAUUCUCGCGUUCUUUGACGUUCGCACAUUUUCGAAUGAGGCUAAACAGCAAAAACGCCCAUUUGCCUAUCAUAAGCUUCAGAAAGAUGCAGGAGGCAUGGUGAUCGAUGUGAAGUGGAACCCCACCGUCGCCUCCAUGAUGGCGGUUUGUCUGGCCGAUGGCAGCAUCGCGGUCCUGCAAAUCACGGACGCCGUGAAAGUGUGUGCGACCCUCCCUUCCACGGUGGCGGUAACGUCUGUGUGCUGGAGCCCCAAAGGGAAGCAGCUGGCUGUGGGGAAACAAGAUGGAACUGUGGUCCAGUAUCUUCCCACUUUGCAGGAAAAAAAAGUCAUUCCUUGUCCUCCAUUUUAUGAGUCGGAUCAUCCUGUCAGAGUUCUGGAUGUGCUGUGGAUCGGUACUUACGUGUUCACAAUCGUAUAUGCUGCUGCGGACGGGACCCUGGAGACUUCUCCAGAUGUGGUCAUGGCUCUCCUCCCGAAAAAAGAAGAAAAGCACCCGGAGGUAUUCGUGAACUUCAUGGAGCCGUGCUACGGCAGCUGCACGGAGCGCCAGCACCACUACUACCUCAGCUACAUCGAGGAGUGGGAUUUAGUGCUGGCAGCGUCUGCGGCGUCAACAGAAGUCAGCAUCCUUGCUCGACAGACAGAUCAGGUGAAUUGGGAGUCUUGGCUCCUGGAGGAUUCUAGUCGAGCCGAGCUGCCUGUGACGGACAAGAGCGAUGACUCGCUGCCCGUGGGAGUUGCCGUCGACUAUACUAACCAAGUGGAAAUCACCAUCAGUGACGAGAAGACUCUCCCUCCUGCUCCAGUACUUCUGCUGCUUUCAACAGAUGGAGUGCUUUGUCCGUUUUACAUGAUCAACCAGAAUCCUGGGGUGAAGUCUCUCAUCAAGACCCCAGAGCGGCUCUCAUUAGAAGGAGAGCGACAGCCUAAGUCGUCAGGGAGCACCCCCACCACCCCGACCUCCUCUCCAGCCCCGCAGAAGCUCGACGCUCCAGCCCCGGCCGCACCGGCCUCCGGGCCGCCGUCCUCGCCGGCCGCUCCCCCCUCCACCUUCUCUUUACCUUCCGCUGUGUUCCCCUUCGGGUCCGCGUCGCUGAAGCCGCCUGGUCCUGCCGCAGGGGAGCCCCCUCCGCACUCCAGCGCCUCUGGCGCGUCUCUCUUCCCUUUCGGGCACCCUUCUCAAGCCUCCCUGGCGUCCAGCCUUCUGGCCUCUCCCAUGGUGCCGCCCGCUGCCUCGUUCUCCUUCGGACCAUCGGGUUUUAAGCCCACCCUGGAAAGCACCCCGAUGCCAAGUGUGUCUGCUCCAAACGUAGGAAUGAAGCCCUCCUUCCCCACCGCGGCCUCUGCGGUCAAGGCCAACCUCGGUGAGAAGUUCACUGCCGUGGCUCCCUCCACCCCUGCCGUCAGCUCCCAGGCCGCACCCACGCCGCCGCCGUUCCCCUCCACCUCCAAGCCGGCUGCUUCUGGACCGCUCAGCCACCCCACGCCCCUCUCGGCGUCCGGCUCCGCGUCGUCAAAGCCCUCGGUCUCCUCCUCAGCAUCAGGGCGGUCCGCUCAGGGCAGCCCGGGCCCAGCGGCCUCGAUGGUCCAGAAGUCCCCCAGGGUAGCCCCCCCGGUGGCAAAGGCGGGCGCUCCCCAGGCGAAAUCACUUCAGCCUCCAGGUACGGAAAAGCAGGGCCAUGCGUGGAAAGAGUCGGAUCCCGUGAUGGCUGGAAUCGGGGAGGAGAUCGCACACUUUCAGAAGGAGCUGGCAGAGCUGAAAGCCCGGACCGCCAAAGCCUGUUUCCAAGUGGGCACUCCGGAGGAGAUGAAGCUGUUGCGGACGGGGUCCGACGACCUGCACACCUUCCUCCUGGAGAUCAAAGAGGCCACGGAGUCUCUUCACGGAGAUAUAAGUACCCUGAAAACAACCUUACUCGAGGGCUUUGCUGGCGUUGAAGAAGCCAGAGAACAGAACGAGAGAAACUGUGACUCUGGGUACGUGCACCUGCUCUACAAGCGGCCCCUGGAUCCCAAGAGCGAAGCGAAGCUCCAGGAGAUCCGGCGCCUCCAUCAGUAUGUGAAGUUUGCCGUCCAGGAUGUGAACGACGUGCUGGACCUGGAAUGGGAUCGGCACCUGGAACAAAAGAAAAAACAAAAGCGCUUGCUGGUGCCAGAGCGAGAGACGCUGUUCAACACCCUGGCCAACAACCGGGAGAUCAUCAACCAGCAGAGGAAGAGGCUGAACCACCUCUCUCCUCUCAGUUUUGACAGUGACCUCGAAAGUCUCCGCAGUGCCUUGCUGAAAACCACCAUAGAAUCCCACACCAAGCCCUUGCCCCGAGUGCCGGCUAAACUGUCCCCCGUGAAGCAAGCACAGUUGAGAAACUUCUUGGCCAAGAGGAAGACCCCCCCAGUGAGAUCCACUGCUCCAGCCAGCCUGUCUCGGUCCGCCUUCCUGUCUCAGAGGUACUAUGAAGACUUGGACGAAGCCAGCUCCACCUCGUCCGUGUCCCAGUCUUUGGAGGGCGAAGACCCGCGGGCGCCCUCUAAGGACGAGGACGCGGCGGGGCAGGUGCCCCGGCACGCGCCGGUGGUUCGCACGCCUUCCGUCCAGCCCGGCGUCUUGCCUCAGGCAGCACCUUUUGCCAAAUCUCACCUGAUUCAUGGUUCGCCCGGCGCGAUGGGAACUUCAGUGUCUACAUCUGCUGGCAAGCUUAUUCCUCAAGGGGCUGAUAGCACAAUGCUGGCGACAAAAACCGUGAAACACGGUGCCCCCGGGCCUUCCCACACCGUCCCGGCCCCCCAGGCGGCCGCCGCGGCAGCACUGAGGCGGCAGAUGGCCAGUCAGGCCCCAGCUGUCAGUACUUUGACUGAGUCGACCCUGAAGAAUGUCCCUCAGGUGGUGAACGUGCAGGACCUGAAGAACAGUCCCGGAGCCCCGCCUGCCGCCUUGGGCUCUUCGGUGCCGUACCCUGCAGCCAAGACCCCUCACCCCGCGAUGGCUCCAGCGGCCGCCAACCCGGCCAAACAGGGAUCGCUACUCCACGCCCUCAAGCCGUCGGGGCCCACGCCAGUGUCCGGCCAGUUGUCAUCUGGUGAGAAAGCUUCAGGGCCAGGGGCGUCCAAGACAGAAACGGCUGGGACUUCUACGCCAUCCGCUGCUGGGCAGUUCAGCAAGCCUUUCUCAUUUUCUCCACCAGGGACUGGCUUUAAUUUUGGGAUAAUCGCACCAACCCCGUCUUCUAACGUCACUGCCGCACAAGGGGCAGCACCCCCACCUAAAGAGCCAAACCAGCUCGACACGUUGUUCCCGUUUGGUGGGGGAGGCAAAUCUUUUUAUGAGACGGCUCCCGAAAGCUCGCCGCCCUCGGGAAUGACCACGGCGACCACCGCCGGAGCCGCCGCUGCCGCCCCUCCAGCGGAGUCGGCGCCUUCGAGCAGCAGACCUGUGGCACCUUCUGGAAUCACUCUUUCCACCACCUCUAGCAAGCUGGAAACGCCGCCGUCCAAGUUGGGAGAGUGUUUGUUCCCAGGCUCUCUGGCUGGAGAGACUCUGGGGAGUUUCUCAGGACUUCGGGUCGGCCAAGCAGAUGGUUCUACCAAGCCAGCCACGAAGGCUCCGUCCGCAGGCCUGACCAGCGCACAGCCAACCAAGACUUCCACCGUCCCCUCGGGCUUCAGUUUUACCAGCCCUCCCGUGCUAGGGAAGCACGCGGAAACCCCCGUGACCUCCUCCGUGACCAGCACCACAGGGGCCCCACCGGCAGCUGCCACCAGCACGGGCUCUAGCAGUUCCUCGACUGGCAUUUUCAGCACUCUGCCCCUAGCCAGUGCGGGAUCCUCUGGGGUCGUCAGCUUCGGCGGGCUGUCCCUAAGUGGUAGCAAGACUGUUUUUUCCUUUGGAAACCAACCGACGAGCAGUUCGGCGCCCCCACCCGCCCCACCGCCCCCUACAACUGCCGCUUCCCUCCCUCCAUUGUUCCCCAUGGUGUCGUUUGGGAGCCUCCUGAGUUCAGCGUCUGCUCCCCCACUGCCCGUGUCCUCUGGUAAGAGCACAGAGGAGGCCCCGCCUUCAGCUCCGUCAGAGAAGCCAGACAACAGCGAGGCCUCGGCCUCCGCCACCUCGCUCCUGGGGCAGCCACAGUCAGCCCCGCUUCCCCAGGCUCCUUUGCAGACUUCUGACUCAGUUAAAAGAGAACCCGCUCUUGCCCAGCCCGCGGUCAGCAGCCCGGGCCCCGUAGCGUCCAGCGGUGGUCCCGCGGCACCUGCUUCGGAGGCCACUCCGACGGCCACCGCGGGCCCUGAUGUCAAGACGGAGCCAGCCUCCCCUGCUUCCGCACUCUCGGCGCCCGGGCCGACUGCUCCCGCUGUGGCCAUCCUCCCAGGCGCGGUCCCCGUGGCUGUUGAGACCCCAGGUCCCGCCACGACCUCCAGCUCCAUUUCCAGUGCAGCCCCGAGCCCAGCCGCAGAGACGGCGGUGUUUGGGACAGCCACGUGUGGUGCCUCUGUGUUCGCACAGCCGCCCACCACCAGCUCCAGCUCUGCUUUCAGUCAGCUGUCUGGUCCUGCAGCCACCGCCCCGUCCGCUGCCCCCAUGUUUGGGCAGGCGGCCACCAGCUCCGGGCCGGGCCUGUUCGGGCAGCAGGCGGGCAGCGCCACCAGCACAGCCGCCGCCGCCACGCCGCCCGCCAGCAGCUCUGGCUUCGGCAGUCCUGCCUUCGGUGCGGCGGCCCCCGGGGUGUUCGGACAGACGACGUUCGUGCAGGCGCCCGCCUUCGGGCAGCCGACGAGCAGCCCCGCCGGCGGCUUUUCUUUCAGCCAGCCCGGGUUCGGCUCGGUGCCCGCGUUCGGUCAGCCCGCGGCCUCCACGUCCGCGUCCACCAGCGCCAGCGUCUUCGGCGCCCCCGCCAGCACCAGCAGCUCCAGCUCCUUCUCGUUCGGACAAUCCUCUGCCAACGCGGGCGGGGUGCUGUUCGGCCAGAGCAACCCUCCCGCGUUUGGGCAGAGUCCCAGCUUCGGGCAGGGAGGCUCCGUGUUUGGUGGCACCUCGGCCGCCACCACGACCACGUCGUCUUCCGGGUUCAGCUUUUGUCAAGCUUCAGGUUUUGGGUCCAGCAAUACCGGUUCUUUGUUUGGCCAAGCAGCCAGUACGGGCGGGACAGUCUUCGGCCAGCAGCCCUCUUCCAGUGGGAGCGUGUUCGGGUCUGGAAACAGUGGAAGAGGCGGGGGUUUCUUCAGUGGCCUUGGAGGGAAACCCAGCCUGGACGCAGCCAACAAAAACCCAUUCAGCUCGGCCAGCGGGGGCUUUGGAUCCAGCGCCUCCCCAAAUACCUCUAAUCUGUUCGGCAACAGCGGGGCCAAGACAUUCGGUGGAUUUGCCAGCUCGUCCUUUGGAGACCAGAAGCCUGCCGGCACUUUCAGCUCUGGAGGGGGAAGCGUGGCAUCCCAAGGCUUCGGGUUCUCGACUCCAAAUAAAACAGGUGGCUUCGGUGCUGCUCCAGUGUUUGGCAGCCCUCCUACUUUUGGGGGAUCCCCUGGGUUUGGAGGGGUGCCAGCAUUCGGUUCAGCCCCAGCCUUUACAAGCCCUCUGGGCUCGACGGGAGGCAAAGUGUUCGGAGAGGGUACUGCGGCCGCCAGCGCAGGAGGAUUCGGGUUUGGGAGCAGCAGCAACACGACCUCCUUCGGCACGCUGGCAAGUCAGAACGCCCCGACCUUCGGGUCCCUGUCCCAGCAGACCUCGGGAUUCGGGACCCAGAGCAGGGGCUUCUCCAGCUUCGGAUCCGGCGGAGGAGCAUUCACCUUUGGAUCAUCUAACUCGUCUGUCCAGGGCUUCGGCAGCUGGAGAAGCUGAGGGGGUGUCCUCGUGCCUUCCUGGGACCAACUGCGCUCCCGGCGCCUCGUCCCCGAGCGGCACUGGCGAGGUCCUGGCGCAUGGACUUUCUCCCUGAAGCACCAGGAAGAAACAGCAGAUACCAAAACUCCAGACGCUUGAUGGCUUGUCUGUUUCAUUUUCUGUUUUCUGUUUCGGUUGUCGUGUGACCCCGCCUGGACCCCCGUUUAUUAAACUCUUUGGUCUGUUUUCGUGCAGAAUGUAUGUGGGCUUUGUCAGGUCACAGCCUCAGAGAGAGGUGUCCUCAGUGCUGUGGCUCCAGAACCCUCCCCGGCCUGCUGGCCGCAGUGCGUGUCUUUAAGGACGGCACCGGAAGUCCCCGGCGAACGAGUCGAUGCAGGAAGUGGGCAGGCGGGAGCUUCUCCCCGGUGCCCCCUGUCUCCUUGGCCUGGGCCCUCGCGUAGGCCACCUUUUUGAGGCCAUGACGCAGUAUCUCUUUUGUGGUCGGGUGGAGGGAAAGAAGCUCACGCAGGCGUCAGCUGAGUUUUAGAAGAGGCAGCAGCUCCUUCGGUGAAAGCCCAGGUCGCCGCGAGGCCAGUGCCGAUGACGGGGCCGCGUGGCCGCGCAGCGUGGCUCUGGGCGCUAUGUGUCCCUCGCCCAUUCCCUCUGCCCUGCAGAGGAGCGAUGGAGGAGACGGCCUCUAUCUGCAGUGACAGUGACGUUGGGCCCCCACUGGAGCCGCUGUGUGUUAGCAGCAGCGCAGAUAACCCUCGGGCAGGCCCUGCUCCCCGACACGGCCAGGCGUCGGCUGGGGUGGCGCGGGGCCCGGCUUCCGUCCCAGCAGGGUACGGGGCAUUGCCGUCGUCUUCGGGUCUGGGCACGUUCUACUUCUCAGGCCCGCCAUGUCCUAGGCGGCUGCUGACAGACCAGGACCCCCCCCCCCCCCCCCCCCCCCCCCCCCCCCCCCGCCAAUUCCAGAGCAGGCGUGAGGGUUCUGUCCUCGCAGGCCAGAGUGCGACCCUGCGUUGGCUCGGGUCUUGGCCGGGGAAGGCCAGGAAGGGUUGUUUAGAGUUGUACAUAUUGAAAAGUUCUGUUCUUUUAAUAAAAGUUCUCCAUGCGAAUUA